AAAAAAACCAAAACCAACCAAACAAAAAACCCCUCCCAUUUCAAAGGGGAAGAAAGAUUGUGUUUAACUCUGAGUUUAUUGAUCAGAACGAAAGACUAUGCUUGAUGUUUACUGGUUAGUAAGUGUAGGCGUCUCUGCAAAUCCAAGGUCUAGCAGAGUAACAAUCCACAUGAGACAAAAAAAAAAAAAAAAGAAAUAUAUUUCAACAUUACUCUGUAAGUAUUUCAGAGCUUGCUGGGGUGUGUUGUGGGUUAUCCCCAAUGGAAGUCUUGUUGCUUGCUUUUGGAAAAGGUAUCCAGGUACAAUUGUUAUAGCUCUGAAGUAAAAGAUAUACCAUAAAGCCCCAUUGGACAAGUAACCACACCAGAGAUUUACUGGAAAAAACACUGGAGGGAGGCUGCUUCUGCUCAGGUGAGAAGCAGAGAAAUGAGUGGGAGACAGGAUUUGUAUAGGGUCUCUUUGUGGGGUAGGAUUUUCAAAGGUGGAAAUAUCUCAGGUUGGAGAUUUGUAGGAUUUUGUGUCCUGAGCUUGAGUGAGCUCAGGGACUCAUACGUUUAUUGAAACCUGGGGGUAAACUCUGAAUUUUUACCCUCUAGACUCAAUAGCCAGUGUUUGGUCAGACUUCUAGAUUCUGACCUCAAGGUGGUUUAUUUAGGAAUAUUUAAGUACAGUAUUAUUUUGUGAAACAUUUUCCCAGUACCAAUUAUCUCAAUCCUUUGUGAGCAAUAAAGAUUAAGGUGGGACUACCUCAAAACUUUUUUGCAAAGUACUUGUGACUCUUUUUUUUAAUUGAGUCCUCAAACUUAAGGGCCUAGAAGACACAGUGUAGAUGUCACCAAGCUAUGAAAUGCGUGUGGCAUCUCCCCUAAGACUAUUAACUGAGAAACAAUGCCUAGGGAGGAAGAGUCUGGGAUAAACUUAAUAACCUGGGAGUUUCAUGUGUGGCCUGGCACACAUAUACCAUAGGUCACCAUGCUACUUACUACAUCCAUUCCCUAACUUCUGGUCAGAAAUGAGUGUCUCUUCCCUUGAAGAGAAAACCCUGUGGUUUUCCAUUCCUGGUUUCCUAGAGCUUAUCCCUGACCACAAGGACCUUUGCCCUCUACAGAUAAAACACAUUGUGUGGAUGUUUGUACUUCUUAGGAUGUUAGUGUUGUGUUGGUGUAAAUGCAAAGAGUCAAAGAUGUUCUGAGCAUCAGAGUUCAGAGGGACUGCUGUCUUCUGUGCAUCUUUAGCCUACGGGGCUAGACUCAAAAUGUGAGAGGUUAGGCAGGAUAACUUGUAUCUGAAGGGUUCAGAACCCAGGUGCAGUGUCCUACUACAUCCACUUCUGGUCUAGUCUGGCAGCAGGCUUGAUUCGAAGCUGUUCAGAGGAGGACCUGGGCAUCCUGACAGCUGCAGUUGUGUGGAAGGCAGCCUGCAACCCGAUCAGGAGUGGUUCCCGAUCGGGAGGGCGGGCACUCUGUCAGAUCAGAUGACUAAUUUAGAAUAACUCAUGCUUGUAAGCCCUCAUGUACAUAAUUAUGUGAAAAUACCUUUCACAACCAGUGUCUAACUGCCGAAUUUCUCUAUGUAUCUUUGUCACCCCAUUUAUUUGCAACUGUCUUUCCUGGCUGACCUGGCACUCAUCCUACACUCUAAGAAAGUGUCCUUCAUGCUCCAUUCACUCUGUCUCAGUGUUUAUUGAUUUCUGUCUCCAGAGUAGCUAAUUAACAAAGCAAAGGGCAGGAGAUGUGGCUCAUCAGGAAAGGACACUUAACUUGCAGUUUUCAGGUUCAGUUUCCUGUAACUGCCUGGGGACUUUACUUCCUUCCAUAACUCCUGUUCCCGAGGAUGUGUUACCCUUGUCUGGAUGCUGUAGCUUCUGUGUGCCUAAAGUGCACAGAGCUACACACAGGCAAAGAAAACCUUCCAUAUAAAAAUAAACUUUAUUUAAAAAAUUAUAGAUGGUCUAGAAGAAUUGCAUUAUGGCCCAAGCAACAGUACAGGAAAAUGUACUGAGAGAGAAACAGUAGAGAGAAAAUGUGUAGCCUGAAUAUGUUACAGGACAGCUGAACCCUCAUAUAAACAUUUUUAACAGUUAGGAAUGAUCCCUAUAUAUGAAAAAUGUUGUUUGUAUUCAUAGAUCCCAGAGUUGGAGACCAUCCUAUGCUCAUUGUACUGUGGGAAAACAAGAUGUAUCAGAUCGAUGCAUUUAGAUAUUAACUUUUAUGAGGAUGCUCCAUAAUUUUGGAGGAAUUUUAAUACAGGAAAAUACUGUUAUCCAGGAACCCAUCAACAAAGAAAUCUUCUAUAUAGGAAAGUGAAUUGUAUCAAAUUCCACUGUUUUCUUAUUGCAGUAAUAACCAUGGGCCCCAGAUCUUAAACCUCCUCACUGGUUAGUCAGGCAUAAUGUAGAAAGGACAGUUUCCCACUGCAAAUAGUUCAUGAUCACUAAACAAGACCCAUCAUCUGCAUUAGUAAAAUGAAUUGGAUUAGCGCUACAUGUUCACUCAACUCUUCCAUGGCAUUUUGGCUCACAUGUGACCUGCACUGAAACCAAAUACACAGAGUGACAUUCCCAUCGUAACACUCACUCCAGUGCUGUGGUUUGCAGUAGAACUUUUAAGGUCCUGAAUAUUGUGCCUAUUCCCUGAGGGGAAUUUUCUGUAUGUAGUGUAUUCACUGAGAGCUUUUAAGUUUACUGCAUUUCACCUUCAUGUCUGUUGUUAUUUAAUCUCAGAUAUUAAUAUCAGAUAUCAGUUGUUAAUAAUAUCAGAAUAUUGGCUGCACCCGUGGGGAAAGAGCACAACAAACCAACACCAAUACAGUUCCAUGUGGUGAAAUUUUAAUGGGGGAAUGAGACAAAGGGAAGGGGCAAGAGAAAGAGGAAAAAAGGACUUGGGGGCAGGGAAUCUGUCUUUUAUUUGGAAUGUGAUGUGAUGUAAAGGUUCCCAGGUGGAGGUGCAAAGUGAGCCAAAAGGUCUUCUGGGAAUGUAUGGCAGUUGCCAUGGCAAUAGUGGCCAAACCGUGUCGCUCUAAAGGCAAUUCCUGAUAGCAACAACGUCUACACUGCUCUUCCAUUCUCUGUUGCUGCUAUGACUUCCACUGACCUUUGCUGCUCUAUGGGUCUGUCCCCCUUUGUUGAUUUAAAAACAGUGAAUCCUCUAUUCUUGUGUCCUCUGGUUUCUGUUGGGUCGGAUUAGAGGAGCUCUUGAGUGAUGAUGUCUUUUUCUUUCCUCAGUUGUGGAUUUGUCUCCUGUUUUCUCACCUUGUAGCUUUCUGAGAUACAGUUCGUUGUCUUGGUGCUACUUUACCUAUUUUCUUUUUAUUGAUACUAUGAUUUCCUGACUUUUUUUUUUUUUACCUUUUAUUCUUCUUCGUUAGCUCAAUGUAUAUCUUCUAAAUUCCUCAAAGGAUUCAUAAAUAUCUGGAUUUUUCCCUACAAAUUUACUUUAGUACUUUUAUUUACCUUCAUCUUUGAAAAUGCUCUUGUUUGCACUUGAUCAUUUAAGAAUCUGUGUCAAAUUAUAUCAAAUGUGGAAAAAGUGGAGCAACUCUGCUGACGUCAUGUAGAAGAAAUAUAGAAUGCCCGUGGCCUGUGAUUGGGUAAGAUAAGUUGGGUAUGAAGUUAGUGAUAAGUGGCACCUGCUUCCACAUAGUUACCCUUAUAGUCUUCAAUCAGAAAUCAUAGAAAUUUACAGUGUUAAGGUAAUUGUGUGAGGUCAUGCAGUGUACAUGCAUAUGUACAUAUACAGUGGUUCCAAAAUUAUGAAAACAUAAAAUCUCUCAUCCACAAUGGAGACACAUUUUGUGACACACGAUUAACACAAGAUACAACAGUUAGUAACAUAAUCAAGGGGGUGGUAACAUGUCAUACAUAAUUUCUUGUGAAAGUAUAAAAUUGAUUGAUUUUGAUAGAAGAAGAAAAUGGUAGCAACCAGGGACUGAAGGCUUUCAGAUUUGUCCCAGUGAACAUUUAUUUCCACUUAGUGUACUAAUAAUGGUUUGAAUAAUGGAGAGAUGGCUCUGAUGUGAAGAGCACUUGUUACUCUUGCAAAGGACCAGGAUUGGAUUGUUAGAACCACAUCACAUUCCAUAGCGACCUAUACUUCCAGUUUGUGGGAAUCUGACCUCCUCUUCUGAUGACCAUUGCCACAAAGCAUGCAAGUGGGGCACAUAUAUAUGUGCAGGGAGAACAUUCACAAAUGAAACCAAAGAAAAUAAGAUGAACAAAUUUAAUCUCAAAAUUGUAUAAAAACCGCCUAGAAGAAUAGUAUGACACGCUUCUGUGUGUGUACAGGAAGGUCUUUCCACAAGGCAUAGAUAGAGUUUGAAGAUUUUUGCCUAAUUUAAUCAUCCAUAUAUUAGCUUAUAAUGGAUCUGGUUGUUGGGAGCUUGUAGAAAAGCCAAGAAGAAGAAAAAUCUAAGAGAGGAUAUAAUCACAUGGGCAAGCUUAAAAGGAUGCUCCUUGGUCCUAUAAGGUCCUGAACAUAGUUUUCUCUCUGACUGGAGUCUCACUAGCUGGAUUCUCCUAUACCUCCAACAUGGCCAGUCUGUAUCAUUGUUGCCUACAACAAUUUCGCAUACACAUGAAGUUUUAAACAGUUUUGUGAACUGAAUUUUAAUACUCUAACUUUUAAAUUGGUUCAAGCAAUGUUUCAAGUGAUAAAUGUUCUUACACAAAGUUGUGCAUGCAACUAAAGCAGAAACAAGUCCAUCUUGAAGGAGGAGUAAGUUAGAAAUCUACAAAGUACAUUAGACAAUGAUGAGAAUGGUUGUAAGUGGAUGUAAGGUUAAGUUUACCAUAGAGAAAAAAAUCCAUGAUAUUUGCUAUGUAAACCGAGCCAUUAUAUGAUGUGUUUGUUCUGCAAGAAAGUCCAACACACAUGUUAAAUUCAUGAACUCCUCCAGCCAGGUAGAAUGAAAUAAGGUGGAUUUUAAGUAUAUUCUACCACUAGAAAGCUGACAGCAGUUUUCAGACAGACUUUAAGCAUUCUCUACCUCUAGGUUAUAUCACAUGGUUUAAAUCAGUAAGAAUUUUCUAUAGAUAUUGAUGCUAUUCAGGCUGAAGACUUCUAUUUAAAAGCAUUAACCAAUGUCCCAUUUAAUGGCAUUAUCUAUUCUUUUGUUUUGGAGAUGGAAGGCUAUUGUCCUCCAUGUUUUUGAGUUUUUGAGUUUGUAGUUUGAGAUUCUGAAGAGAAGUCAUGAUGCAUAGAUGUGGAGGACCUGCCUUGGGUGGGAAAGGGUCCUAAGGAGUGAGUGGGAGUGGUGGGAGAAUGACUCAGAGUUAAAGAUGGAAGCCCAAUCUUUGACUUGCAUAAGCUACUUCCUCAGGAAUUACAAAGCAUUUCAAUCAUUUACCCCAUGUUCCCUUUUGAUUAUCCCACGAAUCAGCAUUUUUUUUAAUCCUAGCCCCUUAACUCUUAGGAAAAGAUAACAAGUACACUUUUUAAAAAAAAAAAAAAAACAGGGGGUUGGGGAUUUAGCUCAGUGGUAGAGCGCUUGCCUAGCAAGCGGAAGGCCCUGGGUUCGGUCCCCAGCUCCGAAAAAAAAAAAAAAAAGAAAGAAAAAAAAAAAGAAAAAAAAAACAUAGUAGCUCCCAUAUAGUUUGGUUAGUUUCACUUUCUGGUUGCCAAGUCUAGACAUACAGGCUAUUUUUAUGUGAGAAAGUUGGCUUUCUGUUUUUCCACUCCUUCAGUGUCUAAGUUUAGAUGUCCUGGAACUUUUUUUGUAGACAGACCUUGAACUCAAGUCUACAUGGUUCUGUCUCCUGAAUGCUGGAUGUUAAAGUUGUGUACCAUCAUGCUUGGAUCUAACCUAUUCCUCAUCUAAAACUUGCUCUGUCCUAGGAUUUUUUUUUUAAUAUCAGCCUUGGAUAUAUUUUUUUAAAAGUCCUAGCACAGAAGAAAUACUAUUUAAUGGUCACUUAGCACAUACAAUACUUGCUAUAUCAAGAUUAUGUCGGCUUACUACAAUAAAAGGCUCACUUAAGAUAGCUGGAAACACAGAACUGGACAUACGGGGUAGGCUCUGCACCUUUUUCUUAAGUUCUUCUGGUUUUGUCUCCUCUCCCCUUGGAUUUGAUGCUUACAUCGAUUCUCCUGUGGCUGGAGACCAGCAGCCUGGGAGCUGCACGCUGAUUGGUGUAGGUAGGAGUUUCUGAUCUAAACACCAACUUGGGGACUGGGUCUCAGGAGGCAAUAAUACUGUUCCUGGAGCUGCCAUGUGUUAGAGCAGGUAAUGUGGGCCCAGGGCUCUCUCAGUGUGUAGGGGUCAGCCACUUGGAAGCACAGUGCUAUCUCACAGGACUGUAAAGGUACAGUGUGGAAUCUUAACGUCACCUGCCAUAUUCUCUUGCCACGGCUUCUCUCUCUCUCCCUUCUGUCUCUUCCCCCAGGAUGUUCUUGAACUCAGAAUUGUGCCUGUCUUUUUAAACAUAAACAAUUAACUUACCUGUGUGGGGUCUUGCUCUGAGAUCUUUAUUACCUCACUUCCUUGUGCUCCUUUAUGAACUUUGUUUUUUAACUAUUUCUUUUCCUUUACUAACUCACUAUUGUGGCUGCCUCUGUUCUUUCAGGUCCAUGGAGCCCCUUAUGAAAUUCAUAUUGCAUCCUUAUAAUUUGAAUAGUUGAGAAAUUUGGUAAAGAACAGCUCUUACCCAAAUUUAUAUAUUUGUGAACUCAUGUUUUUAGAGUUCUUUCCCACAGCUCUUCUGAAAUUCUUUCCCACAGCAUUACCAAAGAACAUCAGACACAUUGUUGCUUUCUGGAAUCCUGCUGUUUCUGAUUAUCAUGUAGGCAUUAGCCUUAGCAAGGAGAACACUGGCAGAGAGAACAUUCUGCUCAAGAGGAAGAUGUAGUAAAACAUGUAUAAUAUUAUCGAACAAGCCUUAUGCCUUCAGUAACCAUCAGCACCAGAGAAGUCACUCACACUGUUGUUCCCGCUCCAGGGUUAGGAAUCAUGGCAAACCAUCUCUUCCACAGCCAUGUCAGACCUGGCAGACAGACUUCUGUUUAUUUCUUUAAAAGUUCAUUUAAGUAUAGAAGUGUUCAUCUGUAUAUUUUUAUAUGCAUUGCAUGCCUACAGGAAACCAAUGGAGUCUUGAAGUGGUAACCAAAUGUAUGGCACAGGAGUCAGGCAAAAUCAUACCUUGCCAUGUGUAUAAAGACAAUUAGACUGUGCUUCCUUUCAGGAACAACAAAUGUCCUUUACGCCUGAGUCAUCUCCCCCGUCCAGAGGUUUACAUAUCUGGUACACUUUCAUGAUAGAGCCUGAGUUCUAUUUUUUGAAAAAUGAAAGAAUCAUAAAUGAUACUGAAAGAAUAAAAAAUACAGCCAAGAAGUCAAAAGUUUAGAAAUGCUGAAAUGCUAUUUCACAUCUAAGAAGCCCUAAAUACCUCAAAUUCCAGACCCUGCUCUCUGUCUGUAAGUAGGUAAAAGGUCACAUUUCUUGAGCCUGCUCUCUGAAUGGAACUAGAUAAAAGGACAUAAGAUAAGGCCCUUAAGUAGAUGACCCCGGCCUAGUAAGAUAACAGAAAGCUUCUCCCAGGACCUAACUGACCAUAAAGUUAGAUUACAAUCUUACAAGCAAUCUUGAGAGACAGGAAGCUUCUCCUUGUAAUUUUUCACUGGUAUUCUCGACAUUUUCCAAUGACGCCAUCCCUACUCCCUUGGGUUGUGGCUUCUUCCUUUAAAUACCCCUUCUCUCAGCUACUCGGAGUCGUACUCCUCUACCCCUGUGUGGGAUAUGAAUCUUGACCCCAGUGCACUGGUUCCUAUCAAUAAACCUCAUGUAAUUACAGCAAGGGUGGUCUUAUGUGAGUUCUUGGGGGUUCGCGUCAUCCCGAGACUUGAGUGAGGGUGUCCCCGCUCUGGGGUCUUUCAUUUGGGGGCUCAUCCAGGAUUGGUGACCACCCUCGUCUCCGAAGACCCACUUGGAGGUGAGAUAGCAUCUGUAUCUUUGUGUUGUGUCUUUGUGUAUCCGUCCUGGCUGAACUUUGGGUCUGUAGUUACUCAUGAGUACUGGUGUUUGCAUUCACUCCGUAUUGGGUAGAGACAGAGGCUCUCAUCUUGGGUAGAGAUGGAGACUCGUGUCUCAGGAGGAGACGGGGGAGUGUGAGUAUUGGUAGAUGUGCCAGGGGUUCACCAGCUGCGCUGCCCUGGGAGAUGUCCCAGGAGGUGAGGAGGGACCCCAGGGAUACCUGAGAGAUUCCCGUCUGGUUGCCGGUGAGGAUUCGGUGAUUCUCCUGGAUUGGAGAAGAGACACGCCCUCCUGACCAUCUGUAUUUCUAGAGUGGUCUUUGUCUGUGUGUCUUAGGUCUUUGUUUUGUGUUACUUGUGACUUUGAUGAUAGGACUCCUCUGAGUUUGACUUUAGACCACUGGACUGAAGUUAGGGCUAGAGCACACAACUUGUCAGUUGAGAUUAAGAAGGGACCGUGGCAGACAUUUUGCUCCUCGGAGUGGCUAACGUUCUAUGUCAGCUGGCCUCCAGAGGGCACCUUUGACUUAACCAUCAUUUUUGUAGAAUCUGCUCUCCUCCAUCUAUCUUUGGUGUCCCGUUUGGAAGGAGGAGUGAUGUGGAAUCCGCUCCCCUUCAUCUGUCUUUGGUGAGCUAAUGAAGUUCCUGUCUGAAUCAGUUCAGUUUUGUGGUGAUCUUGUGGCGGCCACUUGUUUUUGUUUUUGUGUGCACUUCUGUUUUGUCUGUUAAUCUUUUGAUUGUCUUUCUGUGUGACUGAAUGCUAUUUGUCCUCUUCAGAGGACUUCUAUUUCCUGGACUCUCUUCUUGUUUUCUCACCAUCCCACUUGAGAUGCUUGUUAGUAGCUGUUACAGGUCCUCUUCACCACUGAGAAAAUACAGAAUCCUACUAGAGGCCAGAAAGAAUGUUCCAGACAUGGAUGGAAGGCCCUCACUCCUGCCUGUUGACUUCAAUAUGCCUGAAGGUAGGGAAUGCUACAAGUCUUUCACCAGGCUCCAAUGGUGGGUCUCUGAGUGGCUAAAAAACACUCCACCAAUUUGGCUAAGGUAAGAAAAAGAUAUAAAGAAAAAGUUGCAGAAACUUGAAGGGUUAAGCUAAGUCGCUGAGAGAGUUAGUGUAAGUUGCAGAGAAAGUAAGGUUGAAGUGCAGUUCAGGGUAAAAGAAAGAAGGCAAAAAGAGCAGGAAGCUAGGAAAGAAGAAAGACAGAAAGGAGAGAAAGCUAGAGAGCUAAAGAGAGAUAAAAGGCAGGGGAGGAAUUUAUACUGGCCACAGUAGUUAGAGAGACUAGGAAGACAGUACCUGGCAACAGAAAAGAAUUCCUGGCUAAAGAUCAGUGUGCCUAUUGUAAAGAAAAAGGGCACUAGGUCAGGGACUGCCCCAGGAUAGAGGGGAAGCCCACCCAGUGUUUUGUGGAUACAGGGGCCCAACACUCUGCGUUCCUAUGCCCAAGUGGACCAGUGUCCAUCAAAAGACCUUGGGUACAGGGGGCUACCAGCAAAAAAUAAUACUUAUGGACUACCUGAAGAACAGUGGACCUUGGCAUGGGCCAGGUAACCCAGUAGUUCAUGGUCAUCUUUGACUGCCCCUAUCCCUUGCUCAUGAGAAAUUUGCUCUCCAAAAUGGCUUGUGUGGGCUGAAAUGGCCGGGUGAGGCCAUGUGUAUGCAUAUCUGCAGACUGUGUAUGUGAAGCUUAAGACCUGUCUCAGUGCACCAGUACCUGAUGCUGGGAGAUGUGUGGCUUAGUGCCAUUCUGCCUGGAACACACCGUUCCUACCAGCUGGGCACUAACAAUUAUCACAUUAAAACAUUGUGGCUGAUGUUUUGCCUUUAAAUAGAAUGUCCCAGAGGAUGGGACCACUGGUCAGCUGACAUGGACUAGAUUCUUCACCUGUUGGGGGCAAUCUGGUCACCUUGCUGCCCAAUCCUGACCUGGAGCCACCACAGCAUGAGUGUCAAGUACUGGCAGAAGCCCAUGGGUGGAGGGAAGACCUCUGCGACUGACCAAUCAACCCCUGCUGAAAGCCGAGGCUACACCUUGUCUACAGAUGGGAACAGUUCUCUUCAUGAAGGUCAGAGAUGAGUGGGUGCUGCCAUGGUGCACAUCACAGUUUCAUCUGGGAUAGACAAACCUCUACCCCCCAGCACAUCAGCGUAGAUGCCUUUGCCAUCUCUUGGAUGCCCUGAUGAAGUCAGCAACUGUGAGUAUUAUUCAUUGCCCAGGACAUCAGGAAGAUAUUCAGUGGAAUGGGGCAAUAACAAAGCAGAUCCAGUGGCUCAAGAAAUGGCUAUGCAGGGGCCUAUACAGGUUGGAGGCCUGCAAGGGACAGCCACUGGGAAUUGGGAUUGCACUAAGGGAUGGCCUCACUUAGAAUGUACAACAGAAGAAAAGGCCCAAAUUGCUUAAAAGAAAAAAAAAAGACAAUGGCACACUUGAGGGGAAGCUAUACUCCCCAGAGAACAAACAAAAGACUCACUUUGCCAAAUACACAAAUGGACUCAUUUAAGAGAUAAGAAGCUUAUCCAAGUAGUUAAGGUAUAUGUAUUAGACUUUAAGAUUUAGCCAGAGAGGUAGUAAAAAAGUGUAAGGUAUGUCAGCAAGUAAAUGCUUAACAAGCAAACAGGGCAAAAAGACCUAAGAAGUUUAGUGAGAAGUCGAAGUAAACUUCACUGAAAUAGUAUGGUUACAAGUAUCUCCUAGUGCUAGUAGAUACCUUUUCAGGAAUAGAUAGAAGCUUUCCUCAUCAAGCAAGAGAUGGCCUCUGUAGUCAUCAAGAUGAUACUGGAAGAAAUCUUCCCCCGGUUUGGGAGUGUCCAAGGUAAUUGGGUCAGACAAUGGCUCUGUUUUCGUUGCCAAGGUAAGCCAGGCUGUGGCCAGAUAUUUAGAGGUCGAUUAGAAAUUACAUUGUAUCUACAGACCUCAAAGUUCAGGACAGGUAGAAUAAAUAAAUAGAACUCUAAAAGAGACCCUGACCAAAUUGACCAUGGAGACUGGCACAGACUGGGUGGCACUCCUUCCAUCUUCCUCUCUUCAGAGCAAGAAAUACCCCUUCCAGAUUCAUCCUUACCCCCUUUGAGAUCUUAUAUGGGGCCUCAGCUGGCCUUGGCUCCUCUGACUGUGUUAGAUGAUGUUAUUAAACCAACAUGUCAUAGUAAUAAUGAUUUGUAUGCCAGGCUAAAAGCCCUACAGGUGAUACAGAAAGAAGUCUGAUCACAGUUAGCAGCAGCCUAUCCCCUGGGGACCCCUGAGACAUCUCACCAGUUCCAGGUUGGAGAAUUGGCUACAUAUGAUGACACCAAGCCUAGACACUCAAGCCUCGCUGGAAAGGACCGUACCUGGUACUGCUGACCACCCUGACAGCCGUCAAGUCUGAGCCCUCACCAGCUGCAUACUAGCUGUUGGGGCUGGGAGCUGGGACCUAGAGGGACACUCAGAGCUUCAAAAAGCUCCCUAGAUCUGCACGUCAGAUAAGUGGAUACAUCAGAGAUGUGACUGGUGGGGUUACUGUAAUGCUAACUUGAAAAGUGUGCUUUAAAAACAAGAAUUUCAUGUUUGCCCUGGGUUCCAUUGAGAUAGGUCCCCCCAAUUUCAUGUGUGGGGGUAGGCUUGAUUUCUAUUACAAAUGAUGUAACAUUGCAUAUGGUAGUACUCCUAACACUUCUUGGGACUGUGCCUCAGGGAUCACAACCUGUAUAAGUUUAGAAGUUAUAAAAGGCAGUCAUGACUUUUGUGUGUAGGUUCAGAUAGUGUCCAGAUUGGAAUCCUGAUGCUAAAGACUUAGUAAGGCACCAAAGAGAGUUAAAAAUUACUCUGACAAUUAUCUUAGGGCUGAGUUUAGGUCCUGCAAGGGCAGCUACAAGGACGUCUGCUGUUGCCCUGCAACACAAGGCUUAUGAAGAUGCUAAAAUUUAGUCUAUGAUCAGAACUAGCCACUAGAAGAAGUGGAGAAUGGAAGAAUAAAAAACACAGCCAAGAAGUCAAAAGUUUAGAAAUGCUAAAAUGCUAUCUCACACCUAAGUAUCCCUAAAUACCUCAAAUUCCAGACCCUGCUCUCUGCCUGUAAGUAGGUAAAAGGUCACAUUUCUUGAGCCUGCUCUCUGAAUGGAACUAGAUAAAAGGAUAUAAGAUAAGGCCCUUAAGUAGAUGACCCCGGCCUAGUAAGAUAACAGGAAGCUUCUCCCAGGACCUAACUGACCAUAAAGUUAGAUUACAAUCUUACAAGCAAUCUUGAGAGACAGGAAGCUUCUCCUUGUGAUUUUUCACUGGUAUUCUCGACAUUUUCCAAUGACAUCAUCCCUACUCCCUUGGGUUGUGGCUUCUUCCUUUAAAUACCCCUUCUCUCAGCUACUCUGGGUUGAACUCCUCUACCCCUGCAUGGAAUAUGAAUCUCGAUCCCAGUGCACUGGUUCCUAUCAAUAAACCUCAUGUAAUUACAGCAAGAACGGUCUUACAUGAGUUCUUGGGGGAGGGGGUCGCAUCAUCCCGAGAGUUGAGUGAGGAUCUCCCAGCUCCGGGGGUCUUUCAGUACUCAUCUCCGUAACCUAUAAUCAUGUUAUAUUAAUGAGCUCAAAUAAUAAAAAAAUAAUAAUGAAGUAAAAUAAUCAUAAAUUAUUAUCUGUGCAGUCUAUAAUCAUGCUUGAUGAAUGAGCUGAUAUAAUAACAGAAUAUUGCUGAAGUCAAAAUAUUCACAUUGUAAUUGAGCCAGUAAGAGAUUCAUGCACAAUAGUAUAUCCACUUAAUGAAAAGUUCAUAUAAUUCUUAUUCAAUUUAAUAUGGUCAUUUCCAUCAUAAAAUAAUCCAAAUUCUGCUGGGGCCAACCCCAGCAUUAUUUUUCUUUCUUGUUGGUUCUUCUUGAGGUAGCAGAGGGGGAAGAGCAUUGGCAGAGGGUAAGACUUUGUCUUAUGAGAUAUUUAGGGUUGCUGUAUAAUAAGUUUACGUAUCUAAGUCUAAGUUACUAUGUUACUGUAGCUGACUUACUUAUCUAUAUCUAAUUCACUAUGCUCUGUUACUAUACCUGACUUGCCUUCUGUGUUCCUCUAAGGUCAGAAACUGCAGUCUCUGGCAUUUAGCACCUCAUUCUAAAACAGCAGGAGAUAAAGUAUAGGAUUAAUUGCUAGAGCCUUUCCCUUUUGUCCCUGUGCUUCUUGCUUGUCGGGCUAGGGGGAAGUUUGGAGCAAUAAACUAUUCUAUUGAACCAAGAGAAGUGAAUAGUGCUUGCAAAAGGAAAAUCUUUUACAUCGGUAAAUAUGCAUAAACUUAUAUAAGGCCAUAUACAGAAUCAUGAAUGCGUAUUUAUAAUUUUGACUCAAAAUAGUUGGGUCCAGCCUACAUGCACUCUCACAAUUACAUUCUUACACACAUACAUACACACAUUCAAACAUUCUCACAAUUACAUACUUACACACACAUCCAUACUCACAUAUGCAUAUGGAGCAAAAGACCAAGCACCAGUGCAGAAAGAACUCACUCAUUCUGGAUGAAAAAUGAACUACAAUCUUUAUUGCAUAGUGAAAGAAAAAGCUUCUACCCUUUUAAUGCUAAAUGAAUUAAACCAAAAUUUGUAAGAAAAAAGGCUUGUUCCUUUUAAUAAGACCAAGCCUUGCUAUUAAGAAAUGGCCUGGGUUGGGGAUUUAGCUCAGUGGUAGAGCGCUUGCCUAGGAAGCGCAAGGCCCUGGGUUCGGUCCCCAGCCCCGAAAAAAAAAAAAAGAACCAAAUCUGUAAGAAAUGGCCUGUUCUGUCCCAUGGUAAGGAAAAACCUGCCUGCUCCUUUUGCUCUCUCCAGCUUCUUUUUUCCUCUUUUCCUGUGCAUUAUGCACAUUGCUCUCUUAUGUUACCUAUAGUCUCUAAGUUAUUCCACUCUGCAUUUCUUCUCAGCCCAGAUCUUUUUAGCUCACUUCUCCUUAGCUCAAUUCAGCUCAGUUCUUCUUAGCACACUUCUUAGCUCAGUUCUCUUUUGCUCACUCCUGAGUCUUCAGCUCAGUCCCUCUCCAGCUCAGUCCUUACUCUUCUCUUUGUCCUCAACACUUAAACAUCUUUCAGAAUACAUGAUCACAUGUUACAAAGUUCAUCACAAGUUCAUACAAAAAAUCAAAUCAUAAGUUGAAAUAGAACUUUACAACAGAGUAUGUUUACAUGCAUAUCCGUUAGGAGUAACUAUCGGACUAAACCAUCCAUCACCUAUCACAGCUCCACAGGUUCAUUGAAGGUUUAAAACCAUAACUAAGUUAUUAGUGAAGUUUUGAAUAAACCCAGUCAAUAUUUUAUUCUUUAGCCUUCCACCUAUAAUAAAUCAUUAGUUCCCUUUUUAUGACCUUUGGUUAAUUGUUUUACAACUUCUUGGAAUGUGCUCUGAGUAGGAGAAAGUCUGGUUACUAUCUAAGAGCAAUUAACUGGUGACACUUGGGAGACUGGCAGAGUUCUCACUGCAGUUUUGACUAUGAGAAAAAGACUUAAUAGCAGUCCCACUAUAAAAGAGCUUAAUAAUCACUGAUAUAAUUUUAGGAAUUCUCAUAGGAUCAUCAUUAAGACUUAAGAAGUCAUCUAUUUUUUCUAUAUAGUAUCACUAUAGGACAGUACAUCUUCAUAGAUCUGCAAAGGUCUGCUCCAAAGGGGUGUGCUAUUACUUAAUGAUUGUUAUAUAUAUUUAAUAAUAAGAGGAAAAUCAUUUUAAUAGCAGGAAUAUUUCCUAAAAUGAAUCCCUUAAAGCCUUGCUUAAUAAGGGUGAACUGGUUAUGGAUUAUAUAAUAAUCCAAGGCUGGCCUUCUCAGGAUGAUCACCUGCUAGUUAUUAGCUUUUCCCGUUAUGGCUCCUGACAAAAUUCAUUACUACACUGUCAUAUUUGCCAUUUAUUUACUCAUAAGACUUCUAACUCUUCUUUUUAAAAAAAGAUUUAUUUAUUUAUUUAUUUAUUUAUUUAUUUCACACUGUACCUGUCUUCAGACACACCAGAAUAGGGCAUCUGAUUACGAUGGCUAUGAGACACCAUGUGGUUGCUGGGAUUUGAACUCAGGACCCCUGGAAGAGCAGUCAGUGCUCUUAGCCACUGAGCCAUAGCUCCAGCCCCUGACUCUUCUUAAGUGAAACCUCUGUAGUAUUGAUGAAGUUAUUAUCUGUAUUGGUUUUGUCACCUUUUAGAAAACGUUACGUGAUAUUAAUGCUACCUAAUGUUAGCUUUAUUUAUUUCAUUAAAUAUUCUCAAAUUGCUUCUUUGUUGAACAGUCAUUUAAUUCUUUGGUAAAUAUUCUUAUAAAAUCACAUCACAAAGUGUUUUUUCUGUAUCUUGUUUAUAAUGUUGGGUGUAUGCACUGAUGUUACACUUCUGAACUACAAAGAAACAAACUGUCUUUUCAUUUGCAUGCAUUCUACAUUCCAUACUCUACCUCUUUGUUCUAGAAAGGAUGCAGCAUUGUAUUUAGGCCUUUGGAUAAUAGUGGAGCACUUUAGAAUAGAAUCAGGUUAUAGAGACCCAACUGCAGAUAAGAAUAGAGGAAAGCAAAGAUUCCCAGCUCAAAGGACCCAAAAAUUUCUUCAACAAAAUUAUAGAAGGAAACUUCCCCAACCUAAAGAAAGAGAUGGCCAUAAACAUACAAGAAGCCUAUAGAACACCAAAUAAAUUUUACCAGAAAAGAAAAUCCUCUCAUCACAUAAUAAUCAAAACACUAAAUGCACAGAACAAAGAAAGAAUAUUAAAAACUGCAAGGGAAAAAGGUCAAGUCACAUCUAAAGCAGACCGAUCAGAAUUACAUCAGACUUCUCAACAGAGAUGCUAAAAGCCAGAAGUGCCUAGACAGAGGUCAUGCAGACUCUAAGAGAACAAAAAUGCCAGCCCAGGCUACUCUACCCAGCAAAACUCCCAAUCAACAUAGAUGGAGAAACCAAAAUAUUCCAGGACAAAACCAAAUUCAAUCAGUAUCUACCAAUCCGUCCCUAUAGACGAUUUUAGAAGGAAUACUUCACCACAUGGAGGGUAUCCACACCAAUGAAAAAACAAGGUAUUAAUCAUCCCAUAACAAAGCUCAAAAGAGAGAAUCACAUGCACAUGAUGCCACCUAUAAAAACAAAACAAACAUAACAGGAACUAACAAUCAUCUGCCUUUAAUAUCUCCCAAUAUCAAUGGGUUUAAUUCUCCUAUAAGAAGUUUUAAACUAACAGACUAGAUAUGCAAAGAGGAUCCAGCAAUUUGCUACAUACAAGAAACACACAUGUGUUAGCUAGCCUUCUCCCCUGAAGACACCACAGCCUGAAGGCAUCUUAAGAGGUCUGCUGCACACAGGGCAACUGAUAGGUACCCUCCAGAAGGCCCACAGCUGCUGCUGGGAACCCAGUGGACUUAGAACCCAUCACCCCUCAAAUCCUCCAACGCCUGAAUUCUACUCCUCUUCAGGUUGAUACAUUCUGCCAGGGCAGAUUGCCAGCUAGUCUGCUCACCUGAAGACACCACAGCCUGAAGGCAUCCCAGGAGGUCUGCUGCACACAGGGCAACUAAUACCACAGUCUGAAGAUGUCCCAAGGCCUCCACAGCAUGCAGGGCAACUGACCCAACAGUCUGAAAACCUCUCUGGAGUUCAGCUGCACACAGGGAAACAGAACCCACAGUCUGUAGGCCUCCCUGGAGAACUGCUUCACACAGGGCAACAGCUUGACUGCUCCUUUGAAGACCCAACAGUCUGAAGGUCUCCCAGGAGAUCUGCUGCAGUCAGGGUAAAAGAUCAGCAGUUCCUCUGCUUUUCUGAAGACCCCACAGCUUAAAGGCCUCCCAAACGGCCUCCCAGAAGAGCCACUCAGCCAAGGCAACAAGUCACCAGUGUACAUGCUCAUCGGAAGACCCUCUGGUGGGAAGGCACCACAGGAGAUCUGCUACAGCCAGGGCCACAGGCCUACCAGGAGACCUAAAGCAACCCAGGGUCAAAGGCAGGCUCCAGACAGAGACAUCCAGACCAUCAAACAUCAGGGUUAACUAGAUGGUGAGAGGCAACUGCAAGACCAUAAGCAAUAGAAGCCAAUAUACAUGGGCAUUAUCAGAACCCAGUUGUCCUACCACAGCAAGGCCUGAAUAUACCCACACACCUAAAACUCAGGAAGCUGACCUAAGGUCCUAUAUCAUGAGGUGUUGAGAAGAAAGUAUAUUCUUUUGUUUUAGGUUGAAAUGUUCUAUAGAUAUCUGUUAAAUCCGUUUGGUUCAUAACUUGGUUUCACUGUGUCUCUGUUUAGUUUCUGUUUCCAUGAUCUGUCCAUUGAGGAGAGUGGGGUGUUGAAGUCUCCCACUAUUAUGGUGUGAGGUGAUAUGUGUGCUUUGAGCUUUAUUAAAGUUUAUUUUAUGAAUGUGGGUGCUCUUGCAUUUGGAGCAUAGAUGUUCAAAAUUGAAAGUUCAUCUUGGUAGAUUUUUUUUCUUUUAUGAAUAUAAAGUGUCCUUCCUUGUCUUUUUUGAUAACUUUUGGUUGAAAGUCGAUUUUAUUUGAUAUUAGAAUGGCUACUCCAGCCUGUUCUUGGGACCAUUUGCUUGGAUAAAUUUUUUCCAACCUUUCACUCUGAGAUAGUGUUUAUCUUUGUCACUGAGGUGCGUUUCCUAUAUGGAGCAAAAUUCUGAGUCCUGUUUAUGUAUCAAGUCAGUUAGUCUAUAUCUCUUUAUUGGGGAAUUUAAUGAAUUAAUGUUAAGAGAUAUUAAGGAAAAGUGAUUGUUGCUUUCUCUUAUUUUUGUUGUUAGAGGUGGAAUUAUGUUUGUGUGGCUAUCUUCUUUUGGGUUUACUGCAAGAAGAUUACUUUCUUGCCUUUUUUAGGGUGUAGUUUCUCUCCUCGUGUUGGAGUUUUCUAUCUGUUAUCCUUAGUAGGGGUGGAUUUGCAGAAAGAUAGUGUAUAAAUUUGGGUUUGUCAUGGAAUAUCUUGGUGUCUCCAUGUAUGUUAAUUGAGAGUUUUGCAGGAUAUAGUAGACUGGGUUGGCAUUUGUGUUCUCUUAGGGUCUGUAUGACAUCUGCCCAGGAUCUUCUGACUUUCAUUGGCUCUGGUGAAAAGUUUGGUGUAAUUCUGAUAGGUCUGCCUUUAUAUGUUACUCGACCUUUUUCUCUUACUGCUUUUAUUAUUUCUUUUUUUGUGCAUUUGGUAUUUUGAUUAUUAUGUGACAGAAAGAUUUUCUUUUCUGGGUCAGUCUAUUUGGAGUUUUGUAGGCUUCUUUUAUGUUCAUGGGCAUCACUUCCUUUAGGUUUGGGAAGUUUUCUUCUAUAAUUUUGUUGAAGAUAUUUACUGGCCCUUUAAGUUGGGAAUCUUUACUGUCUUCUAUAUUUAUUAUCCUUAGGUUUGAUCUUUUUCCUCCCCAUCUUUAUUAAAUUGGAUAUUUCUUACUUAUAUUUCAAAUGUUAUUCCCUUUCCAGGUUUCCAUGCGAACAUUUCCCUAACCCCUCCCCCCCCCAUUCUAUAUGUGUGUUCCUCUCCCAAUCCUCCCCCCAUUACCAGACUUCCCCCAAGAAUGCUGUUCACUGGGGGGUCAAGCCUUGGAAGGACCAAGGGCUUCCCCUUCCACUGGUACCCUUACUAGGCUAUUUAUCACUACCUAUGCAGUUGGAGCCCAGGGUCAGUCCAUGUAUAGCCUUUGGGUAGUGGCUUAGUCCCUGGAAGCUCUGGUUGUUUGGCAUAGUUGUUCAUAUGAGGUCUCAAACCCCUUCAGCUCUUUCAGUCCUUUCUCUGAUUCCUUCAACAAGGGUCCUGGUCUCAGUUCAGUGGUUUGCGGCUGGCAUUCACCUAUGUAUUUGCGUAUUCUGGCUGUGUCUCUCAGGAGAGAUCUACAUCUAGUUCCUAAAAGCCUGCACUUCUUUCUUUCAUCCAUAUUAUCUAGUUUGGUGGCUGUAUAUGCAUGGGCCACAUGUGGGACAGGCUCUGAAUGGGCAUUCCUUCAGCCUGUAUUCUAAACUUUGCCUCCCUAUUCCCUUCCAAGGGUAUUCUUGUUCCCCUUUUAAAGAAGGAGCGAAACAUCUGCUUUUUGGUCAUCCUACUUGAGUUUCAAGUGUUCUGUGCAUCUAGGGUAAUUUGAGCAUUUGGGCUACUUAUCAAUGAGUGCAUACCAUGUGUGUUUUUCUGUGAUUGGGUUACCUCACUCAGGAUGACAUUUUCCAGUUCCAUCCAUUUGCCUAUGAAUUUCAUGAAGUCAUUGUUUUUGAUAGCUGAGUAGUAUUCCAUUGUGUAGAUGUACCACAUUUUCUGUAUCCAUUCCUCUGUUGAAGGGCAUCUGGGUUCUUUCCAUCUACUGGCUAUUAUAAAUAAGGCUGCUAUGAACAUAAUGGAACAUGUGUCUUUGUAUUUGUUGGAACAUCUUUUGGGUAUAUGCCCAGGAGUUUUAUAGCUAGGUCUUCAGGUAGUGCAAUGUCCAAUUUUCUGAGGAAUCUCCAGACUGAUUUCCAGAAUGGUUGUUACCAGUCUGCAAUUCCACCAACAAUGCAGGAAUGUUCCUCUUUCUCCACAUCCUCACCAGCAUCUGCUGUCACCUGAGUUUUUGAUCUUAACCAUUCUGACUGGUGUGAGGUGGAAUCUCAAGGUUGUUUUGAUUUGAAUUUCCUUUUUGACUAAAGAUGUUGAACAUUUCUUUAGGUGCUUCUCAGCCAUUCGGCAUUCCUCAGCUGUGAAUUCUUUGUUUAGCUCUGAAACCCUUUUUUAAUAGGGUUAUUUGUCUCCUUGCAGUCUCACUUCAUGAGUUCUUUGUAUAUUUUAGAUACAAGCCCUCUAUCAGUUGUAGGAUUUGUAAAGAUCUUUUCCCAAUCUUUUGGUUGCAGUUUUGUCCUAACAACAGUGUCCUUUGCCUUACAGAAGCUUUGUAGUUUUAUGAGAUCUCAUUUGUCAAUUCUUGAUUGUAGAGCAUAAGCCAUUGGUGUUUUAAAGUUCAGGAAAUUUUCUCCAGUGCCCAUGUGUUCGAGAUUCUUCCCCUCUUUUUCUUCUAUUAGUUUGAGUGUAUCUGGUUUGAUGUGGAAGUCCUUGAUCCACUUGGACUUAAGUUUUGUACAGGGUGAUAAGCGUGGAUCGAUCUGCAUUCUUCUACAUGUUGACCUCCAGUUGAACCAGCACCAUUUGCUGAAAAUGCUAUCUUUUUUCCAUUGAAUGGUUUUGACUUCUUUGUCAAAAAUCAGGUGACCAUAGGUGUGUGGGUUCAUUUCUGGGUCUUCAAUUAUAUUCCAUUGGUCUAUCUGCCUGUCUCUGUACCAAUACCAUACAGUUUUUAUCACUAUUGCUCUGUUAUACUGCUUGAGUUCAGGGAUAGUGAUUCCCUUGGAAGUCCUUUUAUUGUUGAGGAUAGUUUUAGCUACCCUGGGUUUUUUGUUAUUCCAGAUGAAUUUGCAAACUGUUGUCUAACUCUAUGAAGAAUUGAAUUGGAAAUUUGAUGGGGAUUGCAUUGAAUCUGUAGGUUGCUUUUGGUAAAAUGGCCAUUUUUACUAUAUUAAUCCUGCCAAUCCAUGAGCAUGGGAGAUCUUUCCAUCUUCUGAGAUCUCCUUCAAUAACUUUCUUCAGAGGCUUGAAGUUCUUAUCAUACAGAUAUUUCACUUGCUUGGUUAAAGUCACUCUGAGGUAUGUUAUAUAAUUUGGGACUAUUAUGAAGGGUGUUGUUUCCCUAAUUUCUUUCUCGGCUAGUUUUUCUUUUUUUGUAGAGGAAGAGUACUGAUUUAUUUGGGUUAAUUUUAUACCCAGUCCCUUUGCUGAAGGUGUUUAUCAGGUUUAGUAGUUCUCUGGUGGAACUUUUGAGAUUGCUUAAAUAUACUACCAUAUCAUCUGCAAAUAGUGAAAUUUUGACUUCUUCCUUUCCAAUCUGUAUCCCUUUGAUCUCCUUUUGUUUUCCGAUUGCUCUGGCUAGGACUUCGAGAACUAUAUUGAAUAAGUAGGGAGAGAGUGGGCAGCCUUUUCUAGUCCCCGAUUUUAGUGGGAUUGCUUCAAGUUUCUCUCCAUUUAGUUUAAUGUUAGCUACUGGUUUGCUGUAUAUGGCUUUUACUAUGUUUAGAUAUGGGCCUUGGAUUCCUGUUCUUUCCAGGACCUUUAUCAUGUGGUUUUUAUCUUUCAGUUUUUUUUAUAUAGUGGAUUAUGUUGAUGGUUUUCUAUAUAUUAAACCAUCCCUGCAUAUCUGGGAUGAAGCCUACUUGAUCAUGAUCGCUGAUUGUUUUGAUGUGUUCUUGGAUUCAGUUUGCAAGAAUUUUAUUGAGUAUUUUUUGUCAAUAUUCAUAAGGGAAAUAAGUCUGAAGUUCUCUUUCUUUGUUUCAUCUUUGUGUGGUUUAGGUGUAAGAGUAAUUGUGCCUUCAUAGAACGAAUUCGGUAGUGCUCCGUGUGUUUCCAUUUUGUGGAAUAGUUUGGAUAGUAUUGGUAUGAGGUGUUCUAUGAAGGUCUGAUAGAAUUCUGCACUGAACCCAUCUGGAUCUGUGCUCUUUUUGCUUGGGAGACUUUUUUUUUUAACAGAUAAGCAACUUUUAAUGAAGUAGAGGUUAAAUAAUAUAUCUGUCUAGAAUUUAAUGGGGUACAUGUGUAGAGAACACAGAACCCUGUUCUUUGAGGCUUCAUCCAACCAUUGAGGAUUUUAUUGAGAUGUAUCAAAUCUGCCUUCUGGUCAAGACGAUAUAUGAGUCAGAUACAAGAAUUGUGUCCUUCUUUUUGGUCCAACAGAAGCAGACAUAGCUAAACAUAAUUUAUAACUGUUCACUCAGCUUCGAAGUCAUUAAAAGACUAUUCUGUGUGAGAUAGGAUAUGGCUAAUUAAAUACCCUAUGAGAACUUUAUCUUUUAGAAUCAGGAAACUUUGGGCCAGCAUGAAAGAAUGGCUAAUCAUUUUACUGUCACUGAUACAGCUUGGGAGACUUUUAAUGACUGCUUCUAUUUCUUUAGGAGUAAUGGGGUUGUUUAAAUGGUUUAUUUGUUUCUGAUUUAACUUUGGUACCUGGCAUCUGUCUAGGAAAUUGUCCAUUUCCUGCAGAUUUUCAAGUUUUGUUGAAUAUAGGCUUUUGUGGCAGGAUCUGAUGAUUUUUUGAAUUUCCUCUGAUUCUGUUGUUGAGUUUCCCUUUUCAUUUCUGAUUUUGUUAAUUUGGACACACUCUCUGUAUUCUUUGGUUAGUCUGGCUAAGGGUUUAUCUGUCUUGUUGAUUUUCUCAAAGAACCAGCUUUUGGUUCUGUUGAUUCUUUGUAUAGUUCUUUUUGUUUCUACUUGGUUGAUUUCAGCUCUGAGUUUGAUUAUUUCCUGACUUCUACUCCUCCUGGGUGUAUUUACUUCUUUUUGUUCUAGAGCUUUUAGGUGUGCUGUCAAACUGCUGACAUAUGCUCUUUCCUGUUUCUUUCUGCAGGCACUCAGCGCUAUGAGUUUUCCUCUUAGCACAGCUUUCAUUGUGUCCCAUAAGUUUGGGUAUGUUGUACCUUCAUUUUCAUUAAAUUCUAAAAAGUUUUUAAUUUCUUUCUUUAUUUCUUCCUUGACCAGGUUAUCAUUGAGUAGAGCAUUGUUCAAUUUCCAUGUAUAUGUGGGAGUUCUUUCCUUAUUGUUAUUGAAGACCAGCUUUAGCCUGUGGUCUUCUGAUAGGAUGCAUGGGAUUAUUUCUAUCUCUCUGUAUCUGUUGAGGUCUGUUUUGUGACUCAUUAUAUGGUCAAUUUUUGAGAAAGUACCAUGAGGUGGUGAGAAGAAGGUAUAUCCUUUUGUUUUAGGACAGGAUGUUCUAUAAAUAUCUGUCAAGUCCGUUUGGUUCAUGACUUCUGUUAGUCUGCCUAUGUCUCUGUUUAAUUUCUGUUUCCAUGAUCUGUCCAUUGAUGAGAGUGGGGUAUUGAAAUCUCCUACUAUUAUUGUGUGAUGUACAAUGUGUGCUUUGAGCUUUAGUAAGGUUUCUUUUAUAUAUGUAGGUGCCCUUGUAUUUGGAGCAUAGAUAUUUAGGAAUGAGAGUACAUCUUGGUGGAUUUUUUCCUUCGAUGAAUAUGAAGUGUCCUUCCUUAUCUUUUUUGAUGACUUUUGGUUGAAAAUUGAUUUUAUUCAAUAUUAGAAUGGCUACUCCAGCUUGCUUCUUCAGACCAUUUGCUGGGAAUGUUGUUUUCCAGCCUUUCACUCUGAGGUAGUGUCUGUCUUUGUCUCUGAGGUGUGUUUCCUGUAGGCAGCAAAAUGCUGGGUCCUCAUUUCGUAUCCACUUUGUUAUUCUGUGUCAAUUUAUUGGGGAAUUGAGUCCAUCGAUAUUGAGAGAUAUUAAGGAAUAGUGAGUGUUGUUUUGGAGGUGAGAUUAUGUUUGUCUGCUUUUCUUCUCUUUGUUUUUUCCAAAAGGAUUAGUUUCUUGCUUUUUCUAGGGUGUAGCUUGCCUCCUUGGGUUGGGCUUUACCAUUUAUUAUCCUUUGUAAGGCUGGAUUUGUAGAAAGAUAUAUUGUACAUUUGGUUUUGUCAUAGAAUAUCUUGGUUUCUCCAUCUAUGUAAAUUGAGAGUUUUUGUGGAUACAGUAACCUGGGCUAGAAUUUGUGUUCUCUUAGGGUCUGUAUGACAUCUGUCCAGGAUCUUCUGGCUUUCAUAGUCUCUGGUGAGAAGUCUGGUGUAAUUCUGAUAGGCCUGCCUUUAUAUGUUACUUGACCUUUAUCCCUUACUGCUUUUAAUAUUCUUUCUUUGUUUUGUGCAUUUGGUGUUUUGACUCUUAUGUGAUGGGAGGAGUUUCUUUUCUGGUCCAAUCUAUUUGUAGUUCUGUAGGUUUCUUGUAUGCUUAUGGGUAUCUCUUUCUUUAGGUUAGGGAAGUUUUCUUCAAUGAUUUUGUUGAAGAUAUUUACUGGUCUUUGCUCUCUUCUAUAGCUAUCAUCCUUAGGUUUGAUCUUAUUAUUGUGUCCUGGUUUUCCUGUAUAUUUUGGGCCAGUAGCUUUUUCUGUUUUACAUUAUCUUUGACAGUUGUGUCAAUGAUUUCUAUGGAAUCUUCUGCUCCUGAGAUUCUCUCAUCUAGCUCUUGUAUUCUGUUGGUGAUUCUUGUAUCUACGGCUCCUUGUCUCCUCCUUUGGUUUUCUAUAUCCCGGGUUGUGUCCCUUUGUGCUCUCUUCAUUGUUUUUAUUUCCAUUUUCAAAUACUUUACCUGUUUGAUUGUGUUUUCCUUUAAAUUUUUUUCAGGUAUUUUUGUGUUUUUUCUCUAAGGGCUUCUACUUGUUUACUUUUGUUUUCCUGCAUUUCUCUAAGGCAUUUUUUUAUGUCUUUCUUUUUUUUUUAGACAUUUAUUUAUUUAUUAUGUAUACAUCAUACAGCUUUCUGCCUGCAUGCACCUGCAGGCCAGAAGAGGGCACCAGACCUGAUUAUUGAAGCGCCCACCUCAUCCAGCAAGGAAGACGGAACACCGUUGGAUUCUUCUCAACAGCCUUUAUGGGAACACUGUUGGAUUCUUCUCAACAGCCUUUAUUGCAGGAACACCUCAUUGUUGAUACAGGGGACCCCGAGGAACAAAGGCACCAGCCUUAUAUACAAGACAGACUGUGGCUGUAAACUUGUCCUCUGGGGAUUGGUGGAGUAUGAAAUACCUUAUUAGCAUGAAUAUCACCCUGGCCUUGUAGAUGCCAGAGGAAUGCCAAGGACAUGGCUUUAAUGGUUGUAUACCACAAACGACCACUAGAUGUCAGCGCCGUCUUAUCGAUAUGUGCCGCUCCCAACAACUCCUUUUUUGUAUUAUAAAAAUGAAACCAUUAGGUGGAGGUAGUGGUCUGAGAGAGAUCAGACAUGCCUCACAGAGUGCCCAGCUUGGCCAUGGCGAGCCACUCUUGCAGUUAGGACUGCACCCCAAUGGCUAGAAAUGAACUUACGUUGUAACACACCGUUCUGGGCUAUACGUGUGUGUUUAUUUGGGGGAGAAACUGGGCAGAGGGGUAUUUGACCAGCCCGUACGUUCAAACGGGGUGUAGCCACCUCUGUUUAUGACUGGUCUAGAUCAGGGUGUCACGUCAAUAUUGUCAUUGUUCCUGUCUUAGGUUGUUCCUCUCGACAGCUCAGCCUUACCCGUCUUUGGAAUAACCCUAUUGCCACCAGGCCCCUGCCUUAGGUUGGUCUGAGCCCGAGGAAAGUUGCCCGUCUCUGGAUACAAUGGCUUCACAUGACAGUGACAAAAUAUGAUCUAGGGCGAACUCUUAAUUUUUCAAAGAGGCCAGCCAUAUGUUGGGAGAAGCACCACUUUCAAUGGCAACCAUAGCCUGGUAAACAAUCGCUUUGUGUCUGGCAUGCUCUUGUUGUAAACGGCAAAAGAGCCAUAGACGUACUCCGCAUCCCAAGAGGACAAUGGCUCCCCAGGCAAACAUGCCAGCCCAUUCUUUAAAAAAGGAGAAAGCAUUGGUAAUCCAUGAGGUGAAAUCUCCAAACGUGAUGGGUUCCAUUCUAGUUUUGUUAAGGACAGCAAUCUGCAUCAGCAAUUGUCUCGAUAAUUGCUCCGCUUUCAUGGACCAGUUUCCUUUCAGAUAAUUCGAGAUUUCUUUGCCCUGUUGAGAAUACUGAGAAAAGUUAGCUUGCAGAGGAGUAAUACAUAAGCCUCUAAGGGAGGAAACACAGGACAGCUGUGUCAUAUGAUAUAAUGCCUCAAUUUGUUCUUGAAUUAAAUCCAUUCGUUGGUUAGCUAAUAGAAAGCCAGAUGCCAAGUGGGCAUUAAAUUCUUCUUGUAUCUCUAAUGCCACUGCAGUUCUUUCCACAAUCUGAUUGAUAGUCUCAGCCAUCUGUACUUGAUUAGUCAUAGCAAUCGCGGCUGUUGUUGCUGCAGUGGCUUAUAGUACAAUGGCUGAAAUUAUAGCUGCUGUAAUACCAAAAUCCCUUUUGGUUCUUAGCAAAUGAGGUAUGGGAAAAUUUUCUGGGUUGGCCUCUACUGGGAUUGGCACAAAGGAGGGAAUCUUGACCAUCACUGCGGUAUCAUUGGUGCCAUCCCAGCAUUCAGCUAAAUAACAGACUACAUCAGAGUUAUUACAAUUUAAAGCAUUAUCGCUUCUAUUAGUGCUUAUCAGAAAGAAGAAAGGUGGUCUAACACAUACUGAAGCACCAAUGGCAGUAUCAAUUGCUAAAAGGCCAUUAAUCUUUACAUUUACUAAACUGGUUUUGUUAUUAGUUCUAGUGGCUGAAAUAUUAUACAAUGUAAAUUCUUCACCUAAUAAUCGAGCAAAAGGAAUUAGAGAUGUGUAUGCUCCCUGCUCAUUUGAUAAUACCUAAUGAUACCAAGGCCAAAAAUUAUGCUUGCCAGUCUUAUUUUUCCCCCAAUCAUACUGUACAUUGCCAAGAGGAGGGGAAAAUUCAAAUCCUGGUAGGAAUUGUUUUGCUCUAUGGAAUGGACUCUGACAUGGGGUAAAAUUAGGUGGAAAGGCUUGAUAUGGGGGGCAAGUAGGUAGGACUCUACGACAGGUAGAGUUAUCCAGCGUGUGAAUGCCUUGCCCCAGGGGUGAUGGAAAACUACAAUUAUGCAUCCUAAUCAAAGUUGUAAUGUUCAACUUAGCAGACUUAUUGAUUGAUGUGUCUCCACUGCCUGAAGAGGCUCCUUGGGUAAUUUGACUCAAAGCAGCCAGGAUGUUUCCAGUGCCCAUACCACUAUUGCUAACAGGAUCUAACCAAUUAGCAAAUGUCCUUUGCAGCCAUAUACAAGGCUGGGAGGAAUUUUUAAGAGUGAAACAUAAUGUAUGUAAUAAAGAAAGAUUAGUGGCAGUAUACCAUUGGGGCAAUUCUCCAUUUGGCACUAUAUAAGGAACAUCACGCAAACACCAUGUGGAGAAAAAGGUUGGCAAGACAGUAGAAUUGCUAUGAACUGUCAUAAGUACUGGCCAGGAUCUGGCAAUAGCCCACAGAAUGAGUGAAUCAACCUGGAUUACCAUUCCCAGUAGUAAUAGUAGCGUUUGUAGUCUCAUCUUCAGGAAUAGCAGGAGGCAGUUUGCGAGUCAAACGUUCAGGCACCCAGAUUGGAUUGUCUUGAUUCUGUGGAAAAACACAAACAGCUCCCCUAGAUCUUGAAAUUACAGGAUCUGGGCCACACCAGUUAAGACAUCCUUCCACUUUACAUCUGCAUUAGUCAUAGGUUUAGUAGCAGCAUGGCGAUCUGCAGCAGAGUGGCCAUGCGCAUCCAAAAUUAAGAAAUUUAGAGAAAAAGAGCUAAAGACAACUGUUCUCUUGGUGUUCUGCCAUAGGCAAUUCCCCCUUUUUGUUUUUGUAAGAGCUCUUUUAAGGUACGAUGCGCUCUUUCCACAAUUCCUUGACCUUGGGGAUUGUACGGUAAUCCAGUAGUAUGCUUGACCUGCAUUGUCUGGCAAAAUGCCUGAAAGGACUUUGCAGUAUAGGCAGGUCCGUUGUCUGUCUUGAGACUAUCAGGCUUUCCCCAGGCUGCCCACGCCUCUAAGCAAUGACUAAUGGCAUUACGAGUCUUUUCACCAGUCAUCAGAGUGGCAUGUAUAAUACUGGAACAGGUAUCAACAGAAACAUGCGCAUAUUUUAAAUUUCCAAAUUGAGAUAUGUGUGUGACAUCCAUCUGUCAAAGUUUUAGCAGGAGCAGUCCACGAGGGUUAAUUCCCACCUGAGGAGGGUGGUGAAAUUGAACACAAUUCUGGCAAUGUAAUACCACAUCAUGAGCCGCAGCUCUAGAGAUUUUAAAUUUUUGUUGAAGAGUGAAAGCAGGAACAUGAAACUUUUGAUGAAAUUCUCUAGCGAGAUCAACUGGAGCUGCAUGAAAAAUAAAUUCUCUAUGAGUACUAGCAUCCACCAGGGUGUUAUUACUGGCCAUGGGACCAGGCAAAUUAGUAUUAGCUCGAAUAUGUUGUAUGAAAAACUUAUUUUUUCUGGCCCAAAUCAAUUUUUGUAAUUCUAAAAGAAUUUGACAUACAGUACUAGUCGACCUAAUUGGCCCUGCAAUUUCAAGUGAGCGCACAGCGUUAACUACAUAAGCAGAAUCAGAAAUUAAAUUAAAAGAAUCAUGAAAUCUUUUAAUAACUUCCAAUACAAUUUUACAUUUUGUAAUUUGGGGGGUUCCUGGACUGUAUUGAAUUAGUACUGGUUCUUGAGAAUCAACCAUAUAGGCACCUACACCUGUUUUGGAGCCAUCUGUAUAAAUAUCCAACGCUCCAGACAAAGGCUCUGAGGCAGUGGCCUUAGGAAAAAUCACUAGAUGUUCAGUUAAAAAAUUGUAGCAAAGGAUCCUUAGGAUGAUGAUUGUCAAACUCUCCAUCAAAACUACAGCAUAAUAUGGCCCAGUCAUCUAUCAAGGCACACAAUGUUUCCACCUGAGUUGCAGUAUAUGGUAUAAUAAUUUUCUUGGGUAAAAUACCAAAAUGCUGAAUACAAGACUUAACACCUAACAUAGUAAGCUGUGAAACAGCAGAAGGGUAAUAUUCAAGGGUCUUAUUAGGAGAAAAAUGAGGAUAAAUCCACAGAAGUGGUCCUUAUUGCCAUAGUACUCCUGUAGGCUGACGAAAGGUUCUCAGUAUACACAAAAAGAGAUCUUCCUUUUCCUUGUACCUUCUUAGCAUUGCCUUUUCCAGUCUUUCUUCUACUUUCCUUAAGGAUAAUCGUGCUUCCUUGGUUAAAGCACGGUGUGAAGUAAGCUGAGAAUCCCCUUUCGGGAUCUCAUGGAGUGGUUGUAAAUCUACAUUGGACAUUUUAAUAUAGGGUCAAAUCCAAUUUAUGCUUCCUAGUAAUUUCUGAAAGUCAUUUAAUGUUUUUAAAUGAUCCUUUUGUCAAGUGGCUGACAAAAGAAUUGUAACCAGUUCACCUGGGACUUUCAGAGCCUCAGUAGCAGCACUUUAUCAAAACUGUCUCAGUGGGCUAAAGGCCCAUGGAAAAGAAAACAUUAAUCUUGACCUUGGCCACAGCCAAAGCCUGAAUUCUAAAUUCUGACCGGCAAAACAAAGUUCUUUGUAGUUUUCUACAGAUUCUUUCUGAAACUAUUUUAGGGGUUUCUCUGUCCCCCCCCCCCAACCUGGGGCAUUUUGACCAAAGAGGCAGGAACUGGCUGCUGAGGGGAUAGGAUCAAAGGCACUCUCCAUGUAACUUAAUGUUGGAGAUCAAUUCCUCUCUGGAAUAAGGCCAACAUAUAAGGUAGGCUCCCUUAAAGAACUUCUCUUAAUGAGCACUCUCUUUCUGUGAGCAAGUGUUGAAGGUCAGGCCACUAAAGGCAGCAACUGGAAUUUUUUUAUUUUUUUUCUCUGACCUUGUUCUUUGAUAAAAUGGAUAAAUUCCUUUCUUGUUCUUGUUUUCUUUAGAGUCCUCCCCCGCUUCGCUCUCAGCCUUUUCAGAUCAUUCCUCCUGUAGCAUUUCUAACAGAGCCUGUCCCUUUUUUAUAGCCUGCUGACAGCAUUUCUGAUCUUCCAGGCAACUACACAUUAAGUGCCAUACUGACCGAACCUCCGCCUUUAAGAUUCCUUGCUCCCAAGCAAAAUCUAAAUCCUUUCCCAGCUUAUCUCAGCUGUCCACCGUGAGAUUCCCAGAGACAUCGAACCAAGGUGCAAUUGCUUCGCAUUCACUAAGAAAUCUCUCUAUAUAGCUUCUUUUUAUCCUAAGCCUUUUUCUUUCAAUCAGCUCUUGAAGAGCCAGAAAAAUUGGGUGAGACUGAGAAGUCCCCAUCCUCACUGCAGCAGCUCCGCAGCUAGUUUCGCUCCUCCCUACUGUGUGGGCUGUGAGCACAAGCACAGAUAAAACACUAUGUUUCAAAAAAUAACGUUGGCUAUCAACCAACACACCGCCACUACAGUGGGGUCCAUAAAAUUAAAUUUCCUACUCACUACACUUGCUCCAUAGCUGGAGGCCUUAUCUGGGGAACUUUUAUUUACAAGCGGUUUCUUCCUCAAGGUCUGCCAAGUCAUUCUCAUUAAGCUCUGAGUCACUAGACAUUCCCAAGGUCAAUGCCUUUAAAGAGGGAAAUAUUUUCUUUGUCUCUAGGUCUGGACUAUCACUCCUGUCUUUCUCUAUCCUCUCCUUGGUUUUUCUUUUCGAUUUUAAGCUUAUGCUGACCAAGAAGCUCCUGAAGAGCUGACAGGAGCGGGGUGGAGUGUGAGUUUCCCAUGCUUUACAAGCUUAUUUACGAUCGAUUUAUGAGCAGGGCGAGCUGGCGUGUUUAUUUACACAGGAUCUUGUAGCUCAUCAUUAGUGGGCUCUUUCCAGCAAAUGCACUCCUGGACGGUAGCAAUUCAAAAGAAAAACAAAUCCACCACACAAAGAAGAAACAAAAUUACAAAUCCUAGACCACAGACUUUUUAACCUCUAAACCAAGGCUCUCAUCGUCUCUGCUUACUCCAGAGAACCUUACUUUGUAGCCUCUAUACCAAGGCUUUCAUCAUCUCUGCUUACUCCAGAGAACCUUAUUGUCCCUAUUGGGGAAUUCUAUAGUCCCUUAUCCAGGAGCUUUUAUCGUCCCUUAUCCAGGAGCUUUAUCGUCCCCUAUCCGGGAGCCUUAUUGUCCCAUAUCUGGGAGCCUUAUUGUCCCAUAUCCGGGAGCCUUAUUGUCCCCAAUCUGGGAGCCUUACCGACGUUGCCGUCCUGAAUUUGAAGAGUUCUGAAUCCACAUGAGAAAAGAGAAUUUUCUCGGGUCUCCGUACUUGGCCACCAGUUGUAGCGCCCACCUCGACCAGCAAGGAAGACGCAACACCGUUGGAUUCUUCUCAACAGCCUUUAUUGCAGGAACAACUCAUUGUUGAUACAGGGGACCCCGUGGAACAAAGGCACCAGCCGUAUAUACAAGACAGACUGUGGCUGUAAACUUGUCCUCUGGGGAUUGGUGGAGUAUGAAAUACCUUAUUAGCAUGAAUAUCACCCUGGCCUUGUAGAUGCCAGAGGAACGCCAAGGACACGGCUUUAAUGGUUGUAUACCACAAACGACCACUAGAUGUCAGCGCCAUCUUAUCGAUAUGUGCCGCUCCCAACAGAUUAUAGAUGGUUGUAAGCCACCAUGUGGUUGCUGAAUUGAACUCAGGACCUCUGGAAGAGCAGACAGUGCUCUAAACCUCUGAGCCAUCUCUCCAGUCCCUUUUUAUGUCUUUCUUAAAGUCCUCCAUCAUCAUGAUCAAAUGUGGUUUUAAAUCCAGAUAGUGUUUUUUUUUUUUUUUUUUUGGUGUGUUUGGAUAUUCUGUGGUUGCUUUGGUGGGACAAUUGGCUCUGAUGAUCAUGAUGCCAUGUAGUCUUGGUUUCUGUUGCUUGGUUUCCUGCUCUUGCUUCUCGCCAUCAGGUUGCCUCUGAUGUUACCUUUUUCUGCUAUUUCUUGCAGUGGCUUGACUGUCCUAUAGGCCUGUGUGUCAGGAGUGCUGUAGACCUAUUUUACUGUUUUCUUUCAGCCAGUUUUGGGAACAGAGUGUUCUGCUUUCAUGCGUGUAGUCGUUCCUGUCUACUGGCUUUCAGCUGUUCCUGUGGGAAUGUGUCCUUAGUCCACCAGGCAGGUCACUUGGAGCAGAAAAGUUGGUCUUACCUCUGGUCUCAGGCCUGAAGUCGCUCCUCGGGUCUAGCUUUCAGCUCUCCAUGAUGGCAGCAACCAGAAGGGCCUGCCCUUCCUUCUUUGGGCUCCCUGUGCACAUGGGGCCCAGAUGGUGUUAGGUGUUUUCCUCUAGAGUCAGAAAUGUGGUCAGAGAGUAGUCUUCUCUGGUUUCCCAGGUGUGUCUGUUCCCUAAAUGUCUAGUUCUCCCUCCCAUGGGAUUUGGGUGCAGGGAGCUGUUUGCCUGGGUCCCUUCAUAUCCCGGCGGCGCAGUCUGAACCGCAGGGCUCCUGCAGCUUGAGUGCCCCUAUCUUCCUGUUCCCAGAGGCCCUUUACAGUUUCCUCUUAGGCCAGGGAUCUGGGCAAAUGUGGGAGGAAGUGGCUGUCCUCCUGCUCUGCUGUCUCAGGAGUGCCCACAUGUCUGAGUGAUGAGCUCUCUCUCCCAUGGGGUUUUGGCGCAGGGAGCUGUGGGCUGGGAUCAGCGAGGUUUGGGCGCCAGCAAGAAACUGGAAGUGUUCCAUCCCAGAGGAAUUUUGCUUUUGUGUGUCCUGAGUCUACCAGGCCAGUCAACUUGGAGCAGAAAAGUUGGUCUUACCUCUUGUUCGGGCCUGAAGUUGCUCCUUGGUGUUGGGUUUCAGCUCUCCGUGAGGGCAGCAUCCAGAAAGGACUGCUCCUCCUUCUCCGGGGUCCCUGUGCACAGGAGGCCCAGAUCAGGUUUGAUCUUCUCAUUGUGCCCUGCAUUUCCUGGAUGUUUUUUGUUAGGAGAUUUUGGCAUUUUACAUUUUCUUUGAUGAUUGUGUCAAUGUUUUCUAUUGAAUCUUCUGCCCCUGAGAUUCUCUCUUCUAUCUCUUGUGUUCUGUUGGUGAUGCUUGCGUCUAUGACUCCUGAUCUCUUUCCUAGGCUUUCUAUCUCCUGGGUUGUCUCCCUUUGUGAUUUCUUUAUUGAUUCUAUUUCCAUUUUCAGGUCCUGGAUGGUUUUGUCUAAUUCCUUCAACUGUUUGGUUGUGUUUUUCUGUAAUUCUUUAAGGGAUUUUGUGUUUCUUCUUUAAGGGCUUCUACGUGCUUACCUCUGUUCUCCUGUAGGUUUUCAAGGGAGUUAUUUAUGUCCUUCCUAAAGUUCUUUAUUAUCAUCAUGAGAUGUGAUUUUAAAUCCACACCUUGCUUUUCCUGUGUGGUGGUGCAUCUAGGACUUGCUGUAGUGGGAGAAAUGAGUCCUGAUGAUGCCAAGUGGCAUUGCUUUGUGUUUUUUAUGUUCUUGUGCUUGCCUCUUGCCAUCUGGUUGUCUCUAGUGCUACCUGCCCAUGCUGUCUCUGACUGGAACCUGUCCCUCCUGUGAUCCCGCUUGUGUCAGAACUCCUCAGAGUCCAGCUCUCUGUGAUUUUAUGAUUCUGGGAUCUUGUGGUUCUGAGAUCCUGGGUGUGUCAGAACUCCUGGGAGACAAGCUUUCUUAGGUUGUUGCAGGAGUAGGUGGGGAGCCACAACCCUGGGUCUGCUCCAGGCCCGAGUACAAGCUGGAAGGAAACUGUGCCUCUAGUUAUCAACUUUUUAAAUGUAAUCUCAUGCAUAUUUACAAUGGUGAUUUACAUAGUUUUCUGUGUCCUUCCCAGAAACUGCUUGAAUUUCAAUGUUGAAAGCAUGAAAUACAGAGGCUUAAAGCAACCUUCCAAAAUGAAUAUACCAUAAUGAGUAUUGUUUGAUAAACAUUUCUGUUUAUCAAUAUUUGUUGUCUUAAUCACUUGGAGUCACUUACCUAAUCAUUUUUACCUAAUCUCUGUUAGAGAUUUCUGUACACUAUCCCAUUCCAUCCCUAUCUGAUGGUUUCCCUGGUGUUCCAUGAAGGCUGCAAAGCUCUUUCUUAAGACCAGCCAGGAAGAUACAAACAGAAAAGAGAGAGAAACAAGCAGAUUACACAGAUAGACACACACACAGAGAUAGAAGGCAGACAUACAGGGAGAGAAACACAAGAAAGCCUUAAGGCAGUUACAGAUUCAAAGGCAGGGAAUAGAUAGGGGAUUGAAGGGACAGAGAACAUGAAGUAGAGAAUUCAACUUUGGACUGACAGUUGGUUAAAUACCUCUGAGGGAAAGGCUUUUCUUUCUUUAACUCAAUUCAGAUGCAUUAUUAAUCAAUAAUAAGUUUAAUCUUCACAUAUGCAGAAUCAAUUAGCCGGUGACAUCAACUUAUUUUUGCAUAAGCAUAAUAUGGGAAAGAAUAAAACUCACAACAAUGGAAAACAAGUAGCCCUGACAUCUGAAAAACGUGUCCAUGGCUAAACAGUGGAGUAUGUAUUGUAGUUCUAUUUCUCUUUUCAUUCUUUUUCUUUUUAUUUGACAAAAAUCUGACGGUUUUCCAAAGGAAUUUCUCUCUUUCACCUCACCCUUCAAGCAGUAAAUAAUAUUGUGCCUUAACCUAACGUCAUUUUAAUUCUUCAUUUUCUCUGACUGAGGCGUCCAGCUCCUCAAACUUUUCUUCAAGUCUGAUAAUCUGUCUCCAGCGCUUCUCUAUGCAUUAUUCUUCCUACUGCAUUUUCCUUUCAUAGUCUUAUGUUUGGUGUUUCUAACCUCCUAUUGAACUUAAUUUUCAUAUCCUACAUUGUUGUCCUCACUUCCUUCAGGCAUCUGCUAUUAUUUUCUUCUGUCCUCUUUGGGUUGAUUUCCAGGGUUUACAAGCUUUGACUCUGGGUAUUCAAUUCUUUAUCUUGGAUAUCAUGUAAAUCGCCCUCCUUAUGGGACACAUAUAAAGUUUGUGGUUUUAGCCAAAGGCAUUUUAUCUUCGUUUUACUUUGUUUUGGGUAUUUGUUCUGAGCAUCAGAAUUCAGAGGGAUUGCUAUCUUUUGUGUAUCUUUAGCCCAGCGCACUAGACUCACAAAGCAAGAAGUUAAGCAGAAGAUCUUGGAUGUAAAUGGGUCAGAACCCAGGCGCAGUGUCCUACUACACCCACUUCUGGUCUAGACUGGCAACAAGCUUGAUGUGAAGCUGUGCAGAGUAGGUCCUGCGCUCCUGAUAGCUGCAGUUGUGUGGAAGGCAGCAAACAACAGAGUUGGAGGAGUGGUUCCUGAUCGGAAGGGCGUGCACACCUGCCUGAUCGGAUGAGAUUAAGAAAAAGACAAAAUAAACACAAAGGAACAAUCAAUAGGCAAGCAAGCAAAAAUCCAAACCAACGAAAAUAGCCGUGAAGAACUGGGAAGCUGAUUAAUUAAAACUUCCUGAAGUAGGUGGGCUUAGAAGAAUUACGUAACAGGAAGCUGCUGAAUAUUGGGCGGGUCCAGAAGGAGUUGCUCUGAGAAACGAGCGGAAGUGACAGGAAGUUCCGCUCCUCAAACUUUCUCCUUGUCUUUGCUGCCCUCAGUUCAGGAAGUCCUGGUGGGAGAUUCGUCCUCGAGGUACCUGAAAACUUCUUUAAGCUGCAGUUGCGGUGGUGGCUUCCUAGGACACUCAUCAGCUGCUCCUGUCACCCUGCCAGUUUUCAAACCUGGUUGUGAAAUUUCAAGAACACUUCCAAUAUUUGAAUCUGGGAGAAGAACAACACAAGUAGAGGGAAACACUCUACAGGGUUUCUUAACCUUCAAGGAUGUGGCUCCAGAGUUCACACUAGAGGAAUUGGAAAGUCUCACUUAUGCUCAGCGGGCACUGUACAUGGAUGUGAUUUUGGAGACGUACAACAAUCUAUUGUCUGUGGAAAAUAAUCUUAUACGUGGAAAACAAGGGAAGAUCUUGGAACAAGACACAGAGUGCAAUGUCCAUGAGCAUGUGACUAUCCAAGAGAAGUUUUGUAAAUGGGAUGAAAUUAGCAAAAUGACUCUAGAUUCCACCCAAAGUACACCUUAUAAAACUCAUCUCCGAGAUCCCUCCCUUCGGUCCUCAAACCUGAAAAGACAUAAAGCUGGGAAUACGAGAGAAGUUCACAAAUAUAAAGACUGUGUACAGUUUUUAAAUGAAUGUGCUAUCAUUGGUGUAAAUUCUGGAAUCCACAUAGAGAACAAAGAACACAAAAAUACAGAAUUUGAUAAGGAUUUUGUCUGUAAACAUAAAGUGAUGCUGAAACAAAACAUUAAUGGUAAGAACCUUCACCAGUGUAGUGAAUGUGAGAAGUGCUUUACCAAAACAAGGAAGCUCCAUUUGCAUCGGAGAAUUCAUACAGGAGAGAAACCUUACAAAUGUAGUGAGUGUGACAAAUGCUUUGGCUGCAAAGGUAGUCUGAGAAUUCAUCAGAGAAUUCACACAGGAGAGAAACCUUACAAAUGCAGUGAAUGUGACAAAUGCUUUGUCCAACAAUCCCAUCUUACUGUUCAUCAGAGAAUUCACACAGGAGAGAAACCUUACAAAUGCAGUGAAUGUGACAAAUGCUUUGGCCAACAAUCUCAUCGUAGUAUUCAUCAGAGAAUUCAUACUGGAGAGAAACCUUACAAAUGUAGUCAAUGUGACAAACAUUUUAUCCAAGAAUCCUGUCUUAGGCGUCAUCAGAGAAUUCAUACAGGAGAAAAACCUUACAAAUGUAGUGAAUGUGACAAAUGCUUUACUGUUAAACUCACUCUGAGAAGCCAUAUGAGAAUUCAUACAGGAGAGAAACCUUACAAAUGCAGUGAAUGUGACAAAUGCUUUGGCCGCAAAGGUAGUCUGAGAAUUCAUCAGAGAAUUCACACAGGAGAGAAACCUUACAAAUGCAGUGAAUGUGACAAAUACUUUGGCCGCAAAGGUAGUCUGAGAAUUCAUCAGAGAAUUCACACAGGAGAGAAACCUUACAAAUGUAGUCAAUGCGACAAACGUUUUACCCAAGAAUCUUGUCUUAGGCGUCAUCAGAGAAUUCAUACGGGAGAUAAACCUUACAAAUGUUGUCAGUGUGACAAAUACUUUGCCCAAGAAUUCUAUCUUAGCAUUCAUCAGAGAGUUCAUACCGGAGAGAAACCUUACAAAUGCAGUGAAUGUGAGAAAUGCUUUACUGAAAAAGGCACUCUGAGAAACCAUAUGAGAAUUCAUACAGGAGAGAAACCUUACAAAUGCAGUGAAUGUGACAAAUGCUUUACUGAAAAAGGUACUCUGAGAAACCAUAUGAGAAUUCAUAUAGGAGAGAAACCUUACAAAUUCAGUGAAUGUGACAAAUCCUUUGUCCAACAAUCCCAACUUAUUGUUCAUCAGAGAAGUCAUACAGGAGAGAAACCAUACAAAUGAAGUCGAUGUGACAAAUGUUUUGCCCAAGAAUCCUGUCGUAGGCGUCAUCAGAGAAUUCAUACAGGAGAUAAACCUUACAAAUGUGGUGAAUGUGCCAAGUUCUUUGCCGGAGAAUCCUAUCUCAUUAUUCAUUAGAGAAUUCAUACAGGAGAGAAACCUUACAAAUGUGGUGAAUGUGAGAAAUACUUUAUGUACAAAUUUAAUAUUAGUAUUUAUCAGAGAAUUUAUACUGGAGAGAAGCCUUACAAAUGCAGAGAAUCUGCAAAUGCUUUACUGAAACAGGUACUCUGAAAAACCGUAUGAGAAUUCAUACAGGAAAUAAACCUUAAAAAUGCAGUGAAUGUGACAAAUGAUUUGACUAAGAAGUUAGUCCAAGAAUUUAUCAGAGAAUUCAUAUAGUAGAGAAACCUUACAAAUGCUUUGGUGAACAAUCCCAUCUUAGUAUUCAUCAGAGAGUUCAUACAGGAGAUAAACCUUUCACAUGCAGUAAUUAUGAAAAAUACCUUGGCCCCAGAGUCUGAUUAUUCAUCUGAGAAUUCAUAUAGGGGAAAAAACCAUACAAAUGUGGUUAAUAUGACAAAUGCUUUACCCAAAAAUCCAGUCUUCAUGUACAUUAGAGAAUUCAUAGAGGAGAGAAACCUUACAAAAGCAGUGAAUGUGACAAAUGCUUUACCCAAAUGUUAGGCUAGAAAGGCAUCAGAGAUUUCAUACAUGAGAUAAUACUUGCAAGUGUGAUGUACAUGAAAAAUGCAUUAACUACAAUGUCUGACAGAUUACAUAGAGAAAAAUUAUAAAUUUAGCCAAUGGGACAAUUCUUUACCAACAAAUAUCAUCUUAAAAUUGAUUAGAUAAUACUUAAUGGAGAAAAACUUUCAAAUGUAUUAGAGGUAUGAACCUUUUGGCCUAUCUCUUAGAAUUAAGAAAAUACAUGUUACAAUCUGAAGAUAUAACAAUGUAUUUGGAAAUAUCUUUGACUUCAUUUCAGGUUAGGGAAAACAUUUUAAAUUUUUUUGUGGGGAAAGUAUAUCUUGCAACAAUUGAGGUUCCACACUAGCGAAUUUGUAUGAUUAUGAAAACUUCAGAAACCUUCAUUCAAUGUUCAAAUCUUAGUGAAUGUCAACUACUUAUGCUGAGAAAAUCUCUGAAAAUAUGACAGUGUAGGAAAGUUUUCAUUGAACUCCUACGUGUCCACCCUCAAAUAUUCCAAGAUGAAGACAUGUGGGGAAGCCAGAAUAAUAUAGUGUUGUGUAACACUUUCAUGGCAACAGAAAUUAUCUGUUUCAAAUGGACUUCACCCCUCAAAAUAUCUAAUAAAACUGGCAGCAUCCUGUAUAUUCAAGGAAUCAAAUUCAGACAAAUUAUACUUAAAAAGUUUUAUUUGACAAACUGAGAUACCAAAACUGCUUGUUCUUGAUCCUAUAAAUAUGUCUACAGAUGUGAAAUCUCCUUUGACAGUCCAGUAUUCAUAAUUCUUAUUAAAUGCUGGUUUCAUGUUUGAGGAUAACAACUGAUUAUGUGUCCUUGGGCUGUGUGGUCAACAACUCCUUCCCCAUUGUCCUGUAAAUAAAUGUGAAUAAUUCACCAA